AUGUCGAUGGAACCUCGUGUUGGAAACAAAUUCCGGCUCGGCCGGAAAAUUGGAAGCGGUUCUUUUGGAGAGAUCUAUCUCGGUACUCAUAUUCAUACGAAUGAAGAAGUUGCAAUCAAGCUUGAAAAUGUGAAGACAAAGCAUCCGCAGCUGCUCUAUGAAUCAAAGUUAUACAGAAUUCUACAAGGAGGAACUGGUGUACCGAAUGUCAAGUGGUUUGGUGUAGAAGGUGACUACAAUGUUCUAGUGAUGGAUCUACUCGGGCCUAGUCUUGAAGACUUGUUCAAUUUCUGUAGCAGGAAACUUUCUUUGAAGUCGGUCCUCAUGCUUGCAGAUCAAAUGAUCAACCGUGUUGAGUUUUUUCACUCGAAAUCUUUCCUUCACCGCGAUCUCAAGCCAGACAACUUUCUCAUGGGUUUAGGAAGACGCGCAAACCAGGUAUACAUCAUCGACUUUGGUCUUGCUAAGAAGUACCGGGAUAACACUACACAUCAGCACAUUCCUUACAGAGAGAAUAAGAAUCUCACUGGAACUGCAAGAUAUGCUAGUAUGAAUACUCACUUGGGAAUUGAGCAAAGCCGUAGGGAUGACCUAGAAUCUCUUGGUUACAUUCUCAUGUAUUUCCUUAAAGGAAGUCUUCCAUGGCAAGGACUUAAAGCUGGAACAAAGAAACAAAAGUAUGAGAGAAUCAGCGAAAAGAAAGUCUCUACUACAAUUGAGUCCUUAUGCCGUGGAUACCCAUCCGAGUUCGCAUCUUACUUCCAUUACUGCCGCUCGCUUCGGUUUGAUGAUAAACCAGAUUACGGUUAUCUCAAAAGAAUAUUCCGGGAUCUCUUUAUCCGUGAAGGGUUUCAAUUCGAUUAUGUCUUUGACUGGACCAUAUUGAAGUAUCAACAAUCACAACUCACCGCUCCACCAUGCCGUGGCCUCAAAAAUCCUGCGGCUGGAACCAGUGCGGGUCUACCUCCAGGACUGACCACCGCCGAUCGAUACUCAGGCGAGGAAGACGGAGGGAGACCACCAAUGGAUUCAUCACGAAGGAGAAUGUCAGGAGUUCUUGAGAAUGUGUCAGCAAGAGGCCCUAUGAUGCCAAGCUCAUCGCUGUUCGCACAAUCAGCAGGAUCAUCAAGGAGGGUAACGUCAGAGGAGCUACAGAGAAGCCGUACCGGCGCCGGAUUAAGAAACUCUCCGGUGGUUUCGGAAGAGAAGAGAUCUUCAUCCACCCGAAAACAUUACGAUUCUACAAUCAAAGGCUUCGAAAGCCUCCAAGUCUCUGACGAAAGGAUAAUGGCAGACAACAACAAUUCACCACCUGGCUCUGCAAAAGAGAAACCAGAUCAAAUCGUCGAAGCAAGCCCAUUAUCCAAGGACGACGAUACUUCACUGGAGACCAUCGUUCGAAGGUUCCAGGAUACAAUGUCAGAGUCAAAGACGACGCACAAGUUCUGGGAGACUCAGCCCGUUGGUCAGUUCAAAGAUAUCGGCGACACGAGCCUCCCCGAAGGCCCCAUCGAGCCAGCGACUCCGUUAUCGGAGGUGAAGCAAGAGCCUUACAACCUCCCAUCCGUCUACGAGUGGACCACCUGCGACAUGAGCUCCGACGACAUGUGUUCAGAGGUGUACAACCUUCUCAAGAACAACUACGUCGAGGACGACGAGAACAUGUUCAGGUUCAACUACUCCAAGGAGUUUCUCAGGUGGGCGCUUCGUCCUCCUGGCUACUACCAGAGCUGGCAUAUAGGAGUCCGUGCCAAGACCUCGAAGAAGCUCGUCGCCUUCAUCAGCGGUGUCCCCGCGAGGAUCAGGGUGCGUGACGAGGUUGUGAAGAUGGCGGAGAUCAACUUCCUCUGCGUUCACAAGAAGCUCAGGUCUAAGAGGCUCGCUCCUGUGAUGAUCAAGGAGGUAACGAGGAGGGUUCACUUGGAGAAUAUCUGGCAAGCGGCUUACACCGCCGGUGUGAUCCUUCCUACGCCGAUCACGACUUGCCAGUAUUGGCACAGGUCGUUGAACCCGAAGAAGCUGAUCGAUGUCGGGUUCUCAAGGCUCGGUGCGAGAAUGACAAUGAGCAGAACCAUCAAGCUCUACAAGCUACCGGACACACCUGUCACUCCGGGGUUCAGAAAAAUGGAGCCGCGUGAUGUCCCUGCUGUGACUCGGCUGCUCAGGAACUACCUUAGCCAGUUUGGAGUAGCGACUGAUUUCGACGAGAACGAUGUAGAGCAUUGGCUGCUCCCGAGAGAAGAUGUAGUCGACAGCUACUUAGUGGAGAGCCCCGAGACUCAUGAUGUGACUGACUUCUGCAGCUUCUACACUCUGCCUUCGACUAUCCUUGGCAACCCGAAUUACACGACGUUGAAAGCUGCUUAUUCGUACUACAAUGUGGCCACGCAGACCUCGUUUCUCCAGCUGAUGAAUGAUGCGUUGAUCGUGUCAAAGCAGAAGGGUUUCGAUGUGUUCAACGCGUUGGAUGUGAUGCACAAUGAUGGUUUCUUGAAAGAGUUGAAGUUUGGGCCAGGAGAUGGGCAGCUUCACUACUAUCUCUACAAUUACCGUUUGAGAAGUGCGUUGAAGCCAGCGGAGCUUGGGCUUGUUCUGUUAUAA